UGUGUCUGACCCUACGUGUCUCCACAGUCACACUAAAGUGAGGGAUUCCAGCUUUUCCCACUGCUGGUCCCAUCCUCGAAACACAGGAGUUCCCAUUCAGAGCUCUGCGUGGUCUUAUACUCACUGCAUCCAGACGAUCAAGCAGCCCAGCAACCAGCUCGCUGGCCAGGUAGUAUGGUAGCAGGAGACAUUCAGGGACUGCCAGAAGGCGGGAGCCAACUGCAACGAAUCUCCCAGAUCCCUUUUCCGGACCAAGGGCCGCCGAGCAAGUCCCGCAAGAAACUCCAAGUUAUCAUCUGUGUGCUGCUUGUGGAGCUGUGUGAAAGAUUUACUUUCUUUGGGAUUGUGUGUAACAUGAUUCUCUUCUGCACUGUGAAGCUGGGCUACAAUAACUACCUGGCUGCGACUGUCAACCUGUGCUUUAUAGGAGCCAGCACCUUGACCCCUGUUCUGGUCGGGUGGUUUGCAGAAACCUACUUAGGAAGGACCAAAGUGCUCUACCUGUGUGCUGUGCUUCAUUUCUUUGGGACGGCCAUGUUGCCCGUGGUGGCGUUUCCCUUUGAAGAUUUCUACAUCGACACUCAUCACAUGACGCACCAGCUAGAACCUCGUGAGCAGCAGAUCCUGUUCUAUACCGGCCUCCUGGCUGCUGCGCUGGGCAUCGGCGGCAUCCGGGCCAUCCUCUGCCCCAUGGGAGCCUACAAGCUGCAGGGCUACAACCAGCACCAGUUACUGUCCUUCUUCAACUGGUUCUACUGGUUGGUGAACCUGAAUUCCACUGUUGUGUUUCUGGGUAUUGCUUACAUUCAGCAGUCUGUGGCCAAAAAUCUGGGCUUCCUUAUCCCCUUCACCUCUGUGCUGCUGGCUCUCAUUGCCAUACACAUGAUGCGCAACAAGCUCACCUACAAACCCAAGAAAGGUGGGUCCUUACUGACCACGCUGGGAGUCUUCCUGAACUCUCUCAAGAUGUGCUGCCUCCACUAUCGGCACCUGAGUGGAGAUGUGGCGUCUUGGCUGGACCGGGCCAAGGAGAACAACGGUGGCCGUUACAGUGAGACGCACGUAGAGAACGUCAAAGUCCUGGCUAAGCUCUUCCCUCUUUACGGACUUCAGCUGCUGUACAGAGCCUGCAUCACGCAGAUUCCCUCAGGUUAUUACAUACAGACGAUGAACUCCAACCUUCACCUGAUUAACCUCCUGUUGCCCAUCGGAGCUAUGAAUGUGAUCAGCAUCCUGCCUCUGCUGCUCUUAGCUCCACUGAUCGAGUGUGUCACUACCUGCUACCUCUCUAUGGAAAAAACUCCUCUGGCCCCUGCAAAAGUCAUUACUCUGGGCCAUGCAUGUGCCACUCUGUCAGUCCUGGUGGCAGGUUUGUCUGAGCUGCAGAGGAAGGCUUACCCUCUGGUGGAGCAGACCCUGUCUGGAAAAGUUCUGCAAGUGUCAUCCAUGCCGUGUUUCCAGCUGGCACCCCAGUACAUCCUGCUCGGUCUGGCUGAGGCUCUCGUCACCCCUGCAUGCUCCCUCAUAUCUUUCCAACUGACCCCGAGCCACAUCAGAGGCAUCUCCCUGCAUUUCCUCACUCUGUCCUAUGGAGGGGGCUGCUUUCUAGGAGCCUUUAUCAUCCAGCUGGCAUACUUUCUCUCUGGAGGUAACUUCUAUCCAGAUGUUCUCCAUGACGGGAAUCUGGAGAGAUUCUUUUUCCUCCUGGCCACGCUGAUGGCUAUAAAUACUCUUGCAUUUUGGAGUGUAUCUUACAGGUACAUAGACCUGAGUGUGCAGGGCAAAGCACUGACCAUCAGCCCUCUGACUGAGAAACUGCUGCAUUACAAGGCCUGUCUGCGCUUCUACGACACUGUGGAUCGCUCCUACACAAACACCUCCAUCGAAUCUAUUUUAUGACUGUCUGCAUUAUGAUCUCUAGUGUUAGCGGCGCUGGCGCUGCAUGUUACUUUGUCAAAAUCUGUAGCUGAGAAAAUUAUGGGGCUAACUGUAUAAAUACAACACAUGAGGUGUACAUAUUCUUAUUGCUUUUAUAAUUAUGUUAAUAACAGUAAUGACAGAAUUUCUACGUGUAAUCAAACAUGUUCAUUAUUGCCUUGGACUGUUAUUUUACCUUUGGGCUGUGUAACAGUGAAUUAUUUUUGACUAAAUUUGCAAAUCAAAAAAGGAAAAAACAAGACAGUAGCAACAUAUGGUUCUCUAUUUGAGUCUAUCAAGCUAAGCAAAGUCAUUCUGCUCGCUGGCUUGAUUGAUUUUUAUUUUUUAAUUUUUUUAAUUUUUAAUUUUUUUGAUUAUUAAAAAACAUAAGCACAGUAAUAGUUAUAAUCAUUAAGGAUGUUUUGUAUGGCAAAAUGAACAGGGUAAAGAAAUGUUUUUUAAAAUAAUUAAAAUGAAAUGUUUAACUACCUCUUGUAAAAUAGCUGUGAGUGUAUUUUAUCAGCAAAAAACACACUGGCACAUUUUAUUUAUUUUGUGCCUCGUGGAGUUUAUUAGCAUUGCCAUUGGACAGGCUUUAAAGGUGAUAAUUAAUGAUCAAGUUUAAAAACACAAUAAACACUGAA